AUGGUCAUUGGAGAGACCAACCUCACGCUCUUCUCUGCCUUCCUCACGCUGCUGCUGAGUCUGUGUGUGCUCUUCCUCUCUGGAGGGGCCAGUGUUACUCUCACCCUGGGCCUGGUGUCCUGGUGCAACACGGUUACGGACCACAACACCAGACCCUACAGUUGUGCUGAGUCACAGUCUGUUCCUCUAUAUCUGGACGUUGAGACCUCCUCGUUCUACUCUGAGCUCAAUUGUGCACAGAUCUCUCUGUGGUGUGUAACGGCUCUGUGGUUGGCUCACUCUAUUUUGUCCUUCCUGAGGCUCUAUCAUUCUCACAGUCAGCAGAUCAGCAGACCGUGUUUAUCCAGGGAGAAGGAACUCCUCCUGGGCCAAACUCAAGUGGAGUGUCCCAUUCAUCAUCCACAUCCACACUCGCACCCUUCACACACUCCCAGUGUUUUUAUUUAGCCAUUUAGUGUUCAUAGAAGUUGCACUUUGAGGUUGAUCUAAGGCCAGUUUUAUUGAUGGGAAAGACUGGUCCAAGAUUAGCGUAAAAGGGAAUUAACUUCUAAUCUAAACAGACAAUCCCCACAGUUCUCAUGCAUGUUACACCUCAGUAAUCGGAAUUAGCCUUGGUUUUAUCUAUUCGUUACUUUUUAUGCAUUUGUUAAGAAGUUUUUGUCAUGUAGCUUAGUGCUUACAUUGAGGUAAAAUGUUUUGCGUGCACCCAUUUAUAACUUUGCCAUAACAAAUGACAAAGGAUUCUCAAAUAUAUAUGAUAUAUUGCACUAUUAAUGCAUUGCUCUUGCAUAUGCAAGAUAUCAUCUAACUUUAUAUGUUCAGCCAUAUAAUGUGAAUUUUAAGUGAAUGGGAAGGAAAGACUAGCCCGUUGCAUGUGCUCAAGUCUGACCCAUGCUUGUUUUGUACUGUGUACUUUUUGCAUAGCCAAUGGUACUGCCACUCAAACCAGACGUUCUCUUACUAAUCUGGUAAGGUUUCUUAUAUGAAGCUGUUUGCGUUGAUGCAAGCUCCUGGUUCAAAAUCCACUUUUGCUGAAUAUUGCAUUGUGUAAUUUAUGUGAUGGAAAUUCAAAGACAAGGAGAAGCUGAAAAAACAAGAAUGUUGCUCAUCCUUUUUGAAUCUGGAACCUUUGACCUGGAGGACUGUUGUGAAACACAAACAGUUGAAUAAGAAACAGGAGGGAGAUGAGAGAGAAAUGUUCAUUUAUGGUUUGGAAAUGUGAUGAUGCUUGUGUUUUUUACUGCUGUUUGUAUCCAUUAUGUCCUAUUUAUAAGCUCUUUUCACUUGAGUAAAGGUAAUAGUACAUGG